UAUUACCUAAUUUCUACGCAGAACUUCAGAAAUAAAUCAAAUAUUUUUACGUUACUGCAAUUAAUUCACUACCUAAUUAUUACGCUAUAAAAAUAUCUGACAAGUGUACCUAUAGAAUACUAAACAUAUAUAUUUCUUAUACGUAAAUGUCCAUACUUAUUGAAUUAUAGACACAAUAAUCAAAAUUUACUAUAUCGGUAUGAGCUAUUCAAAUUCAUCAAAAGAUACAGUGUUACAACUAAGUGUGGGAAAAUCGAACAGCAGUCAGAAAAAACAUACCAAUCUUAAACGUUAUAUUAUACGAUGGCUCAAAGGAUUAAAGGCCUUAACAAUUCAAAAGAAAAUCAUUUAUUUCUUGAUCAUUAUGAUUUGUUGUUUUAUUUUAUACCCAACCUAUCAUAAUCGAGUGCUACAUAACAAGAACAAGGGCAAUGAAGACUUGGAUUUGGAAGAGCCAUCAGAAAUAAAGCAUUCGUAUGACCAAUUCCAAGUUCUGAAACACAAUGAUUAUAUUGAUAAAAUAAGAAAAAUUAAACAGAAAUUUGUAUGAAAAUACAAGUUUUUUUAAAUUAGUUUACUGGCCUCGGAGACAUAUGCUACCUAUUAUUUUACUAUAUUAUUGAUAUGUAUUUAAUAUUUUUAAUACAAAGUAGGUAAUAUACAAUAAUUAUAUCUAUGCUUAUUAUAUCUAUACAAUCUAUGCUUAGUGGUUUAUACAGUAAAUAUUUGGAAUAUGGGCAAGUUACAUAAUUGUAUACUUAAUGGAAAUAAACCAAACAAAUUAUUUAAAUAUGUAUAUAUAUAUAUAAUAUAAAUAAGUUGACAAUGUUGAUUGUUGAGGAGAGAAACCACCAAUGGCACACACAAUUGGAAAUAACCUAUUGGUUUACCUGGUUUGUACCUAACUUUUUUAAAAUUAUAACAUAGAUUUUAAAUAUUCAAUAAUUAAUACCUAUAGAACUUACCCAAGAUUCAAGAAUAAAACUUUACUUAUGACAAAAAUAAUAUUCAAUGUUUUAUUUUAACACUAAUUUAGUUUUUAUUUAUAUGUAUUAUUGUAU